AUUUCACUCGCUGUCCUCCCGUCAUCUUAUCCAUUCCUCCUGCGGCAACGGCGGCGGCUACGCCCAUUCCGUCGUGCGCCGUCGACGGCCGUCGCCGGCGUGUGGCCACGGCGAAGGUGGUCGGCCCAGACGGCUCUUUGGUGCAGUUCGCGGCGCCCGUCAUGGCGGGCGAGGCGCUGGGGACGCCGCCAGCGCGUCGAGCUUCCUGUGCAGCGCCGACGAGCUCUGCUUCGACGCGCCCGCCCGUGCGCUGGCGGCCGAGGAGGCGCUGCAGCCCGUGUGGCUCUACUUCGCGAGCUCCGCUUCGACGCGCCCGCCCGUGCGCUGGCGGCCGAGGAGGCGCUGCAGCCCGGGUGGCUCUACUUCGCGCUGCCCAUGUCCAUGCUCCGCCGGCCGCUCUCCGGGCAGGAGAUGGCCGCCCUCGCCGUCAAGGCCAGCUCCGCGCUCGCCGUCGCCAGCGGUCUCCUUCUCAAACAAAGAAACCGUCCCGACCCGGAUUGGAGUUCGCUGCUAUAAGUUGAAUUGUUCUUGGCCCGAAUCAUGAACCAGGCCAGCGCCACCAGCGAGUAGUGCACCGUCGCUUAUGCUCCGCAUCAUGCCG